AUAUCAAUUUUAAAUCUAGAUAAAUGUCGUUACAGAAAGUAAUGGUAUUAUAAGUAAUCAUUCAUUAAUUAUUAAAGAUUUAUCAAUUCAAAAAUGUCAUCCAAUUAAUUCAACUAUUAUUUCAUAUUCAUUAAUAAUGAAAGAAAAUUUUUGGAUUAAAUAUCGAUGGAUAUUUAUCAUUUUUGUAUUCAUUAGUAUUGCUGUAUUUGUUUAUAUGGCUUAUCAACGAUUUAAUAAAAAAUCAAAUGUUACUCAACGAAUUCAAAUUUCAUCCGUUCAUCGUUCUCAACAUUUUUAUGAAGAACCAGCAAAAACAAAAGAUCAUGAUAAUGUUAUAAAAAUUCCAGUUCCCGAUGUAGCUAAAGCACGUAAAGCAGCAUACAGCAAUCAACAGCAAUCACAUCCAAAAGUAGUACCAUCAAUACCAGUCAUAUCAUUGCAUCCUUCAUCUAAUUCCACUACUAAUACAGUGCAAAAAUUACCAACAUUCGAAACCAAAUCUAUUCAACCUGCAUCGGUCAAUUCAACAGUAUGGGAUCCAGAUGAAAUCAAUGAAUUUACACAAAAUAUAUUUAGAAAUAAUAAUGACAACAAAGAUAACUUAAAGCCUCGUUCAUAUAGACUUCGAUUGAAUUGUCCUAUAGAUCCAGAUGAUUACUUAAAACAAUAUAUUCAAUCUCGAUCUCAUUGCUUGGAUAUUUUUGAAGACUAUGUUAAUUCACUUAAACGACAACAUGGUAUGAUUAAAAGUGCUGAUUCCGAUCCACCUAUAUUCGAUCCAGGCAUAAGCGUAACUGGACCACAAGUUAAAAAAGAAACAUCUGUCAUUGAUAAAGAAGAUUCUCAUGUCAUAAAAAAAUUGAACCGUACUGAACCAAGAAAAAAAUAUGCAUUAGUUCAUGAACAAAUAGGAAUAUUUAUUAUUGGUGGAUACAAUUUAUAUAGUGAUAUUCCUGUUCAAAAAGAACCUAAUACAGAUUAUUUAUUUAAAUUCAAUGGAGAUGUUGUAGAAAUUCCACCUUUAAAACCAUGUCGGAUUCAUUUUGGAAUUUACACAGAUGGAGAAGGGAUUUAUAUCGGUGGUGGACAAACAAUAAAAAAUGAAUUACUUGAUGAUAUUCAAUGUUUCGAUUUAAAAACACUUAAAUGGAAGCAUAUUGCAACAUUAAUGAAUCCAAUUGCUGCAUGUGGCAUGACAUUAGAUGAUAAUCGAAUUUAUCUUGUUGGUGGUUAUGAUAUUGUACGUAAUCAUACUAUUUUAUUAGCUGAUUAUACUAUAUACAAUUUAUCCAGUCAGCGAUUUGAAAAAUCAGCUAAUUUACCAUCACCACGUUGUCGUAGUUUAGUUUUUGCAACUGAUAAUGCUAUAUUUUGUAUAUCAGGCUUAUUCGAAAGUUCAGAUGCAAAUUAUAAUAAAAAAAUGAAAAUUUCUACUGAUAUUUUGAAAUGGACACCAAAAUCAUCACAAUGGAGUAAAGUUUCUCAGACACCUGAACUUACAAAAUUUCAUGCAUUAUCAUUCAAUGACCCAUAUCUUGAAGUUACUAAACGAGAUGUCAAUGAUCAAGGCGAUGAAAUUGGUACUUUGAUAGAAGCUCAUUAUAAUUUUCAAACAAAUCAAUGGACGAAUGGAGGAGCACCAUCAUCAUCUUCACCGAUAAAAACGAAAGAUGCAUCUCAAGCUACAAAAACUCCUUCGAAAUCAAAGACAAUAAAAACAUCUAAGAAAACGCCUUCCAAAAGCAAAGAUAAAAGUCGAGAUGCAAAAACUAAAACCAACAAAAAAUAA